CCUACGCCACUGAGAGGACAAUGAUUAUAGGCACUCCUAAAAAAUGGGAGUUUACUAGCAAAGGAUUUGAAAAUAUAUUUUUACCACUUAGCGACACGUGUACWUCGAACGACGGUGAAACAGUUUCACUUUGGCCUGGCAACGAAACCAUCCAAGUAAUAAACUACAACUUACCCACACCCGAACACGCUGCCAAGCAUUUAAAUCCGCCCUACAUUCCGGUCGUAUUGCCUGAGGACUUAGCUAAACGAAUAAACGUCUUGCACGGCGAUCCUGCUGUAUGGUGGAUAGGACAGUUCUUUAAAUACAUCUUCCGGCCGCAACCAUCCACUACCARAGUAUUUGACGAAUUUKCCAAGCGAGUGAAUUUCAAAAAACCAAUUGUCGGGUAA